AUCUCAUGAUUUGGAGAUGUGACUGGAAACAUCCAUCUUUGAACCAAUCCACAAGAGAAGAAAUCUGAAAUAGCAUUAAAAUCUGAGUGCAGAAGGGUUGAGGAGCAGUAUUACUACAGAUUAAUUCUAGAGAUGAUCAGUGGAGUUUCCUUGAGAAUGAUGUUCUUCUUGUUCUUGUUUGUAACAAUUUCCUUGGAUGUUGCAGUGAGCCAGGACGACUGCUUAGUCUCAAGCAGCUGCAGCCACAAGGGUCCACUAAUCCGGUUCCCGUUCAGGCUGAAGGGGAAGCCAGACCGCUGUGGGUAUCCGGGGUUUGAGCUCUCUUGUACAGAGAAGAACGAAACCAUACUAGAGCUUCCACAUUCAGUGAAGGUCCUGGUAAAGAAUAUCAGCUAUGAGUCUCAUGAAAUGAUGGUCCAAGACCCAGAAAAAUGCCUUCCAAGACAGCUUCAGAACGUAAGUUUAUCAGCCUCCCCCUUCAACUUCAAGCUCAGCAAUCAGUGGGAAGCCCUAUAUGACUUCACCUUCUUCAACUGUUCAUCAAAGAAAAGAGAAAUGUCUUAUGUCGAUCCCAUCCCUUGCCUUUCUCUCCCUGAUUAUCCAGUUUAUGCUGUUAUGUCCACUGCAAGUAUUAGAGAUGUGGACCUAUCAUCUUGCCAGAAGAUGUACAACAUCUCAGCAGUCCCAUAUCCGAUAUCUGUGCUGAGCAAGGGUUUUUCUUUGAAUUGGUCAAGCGAGAUAUGCAGAAACUGUGAAGAAAGCAUGAAGUGCAGACUGAAGAGCAACAGCAAGGAGCCUGAAACUGAAUGCAUAGGAGAGCCAGCAACAGGUGCAGGAAAGAAAGUUAUGACUGCAGGUCCAAUUAUAGGUUUCUUUCUUCUUCUGGUGGCAGUCAGUGUGCUCUGAGCUGCAAAUCUGGAUUAAGGAAACUAAAAAUUUAUGGGGCUUUGGUGAAUUCAGCUACAAUGGAUGGUGGAUUAGGCAAUUUGAUAACAUUUUUUGAUUCAACAAGAUUUGGGAGUCAUUUCAAAAUUUGAAUGAAAAAUGUUGGAAUUAAUUGUUUUAUUAUUGCGAAUGUGUAAAUUAGGAAGCACCCAGUUGUAAUUGUUGAUUAAUGUAAUUUUUGUGAAGGUUUUACUUCAUAAUUUGCAGAAAGUUGAAAGGAAAAGAAAACGUGGGACCUCAAUAAUGGAGUCUUAAGAUUGGAUA